AUGGGAACAGAAGUUUUACCGCCACAAGAUCUUCUCGCCGGCAGAUUACGGGAGCCACCGGCGUCUUUCUACCGGCGGAGGAAUUUUCCGGGAAGCGGGAACCUGACCCACCUAAUCGUCAAUCGGAAGCAUAGUUACCACACGGCCCACAAAAAGACGUCGCCCCGGCCGGACAAGAAGAGAUCCACCUCCGCGUCGGAGAACAAAAAGCUUUAUUAG